AUGGCAUGUACCGAGGAAUAUAAGGUAUUGUUUGGUACUCACGUGUUGUCUGAGGAAGUUGAGGACUGCAAGAAGGAGAUCGAGUUCCUCGAACUUAAGCAGGGGAAUAUGACUAUUAUUGAGUAUGCUGCCAAGUUUGAAGAACUUGUGAAGUUUUGUCCAUACUACAAUGGUGUUGCUAUUGAGGGUUCAAAGUGUAUCAAGAUUUACAAUGAGGAUAAUAGGGCUUGUUCGACUCAUUAUAAGAGUCAUAGUGAGAGGAAGGGGAAGAAUCAGUUUCAUGGGAAGUUUUAUAGUGCUCCAGCUGACAUUAGGAAGCACAGAGCUUCAAAUGAGAGAAAUCGAAGUGGGGGAGAGACUCCCGCUUCUGUCAAGUGUUUCAAAUGUGGCAAGUUGGGACACCGUGAUAAUGAAUACAAGAAUAAUGUUCUGAGGUGCUUCAAGUGCUGGAACAUAAGUUACCGUGUUGCUAAGUGCAAGAGUGUUGUAUCGACUUGUUAUAACUGCAGAAAAUAA